UCUUGGUCCUCGGUAUCUGGUUUAGUUGCGGCAGUGUGGUCAGGUGCUGGGCAGCGAGAGAGAACUGGUCUCUUGAACCGAAUUGGAACCGACUCUCGCGAUGGAUCUGGCCCGCCACGUCUUUACCCUCUUGGUGUUGGGCAACUGCUUUGGGGCAGUGUUGUCGAUGAACAGCUCUGGUGCAACUCCAACAAUGAUGAAUUCAAGCCUAACUACUGGACUUCCUUCCACCACCAUAGCUACUAGUACAGCUAUCAAUAGCACCCCCUCUGCAAGUACUCCAUCAGAGAAGGAGGCUGUCUCAUCUGUAAUGUCAUUGCACUCGCAGAAUACCACAGUGGCCUUGGGGAACACUUCUUCAUCCUCAGAAAAAGCGACUGCUUCAGAGGAUUCAGCAAAGUCUUCUACACCACCCACAAUGAAUACAGCCGCUCCCUCAGCAAAUGCAUCGACUUCCUCUGCCAUAAUGUCCUCAGAAAAUGCAACCAUCUCUACAACACCAUUCUCAACAGAGAAUACAACAAGCCUCUCUGCAACAUCGUCCACAAUGGCGAAUGCAAUGAGUUCCCCUACAAUGCCAUCCACAACGGAGAAUGUCUCUGUUACCUCAGAGAAUGUGACGAGUCCCUCUACAACACCUUCCCCAACACUGACUGUGACAAUCAGCUCUGAGAAUGUAACGGGUCCCUCUACGACACCGUCCACAGUGGGGAACACGACUGUUCUCUCAGAGAAUGUGACGAGUCCCUCUACAACACCGUCCGCAGCGGGGAAUACCACUGUUACCUCAGAGAAUGCGACGAGUCCCUUUACAACACCUUCCCCAACACUGACUGUGACAAUUAGCUCUGAGAAUGUAACGGGUCCCUCUACGACACCGUCCGCAGCGGGGAACACGACUGUUACCUCAGAGAAUGUAACGAGUCCCUCUACAACACCGUCUGCAGCAGAAAACACGACUGUUACCUCAGAGAAUGUAACGAGUCCCUCUACAACACCGUCUGCAGCAGAAAACAUGACUGUUACCUCAGAGAAUGUGACGACUUCCUUUACAACACCUUCCCCAACACUGACUGUGACAAUCAGCUCUGAGAAUGUAACGAGUCCCUCUACAACACCGUCUGCAGCAGAAAACAUGACUGUUACCUCAGAGAAUGCGACGAGUCCCUCUACAACACCGUCCGCAGCGGGGAACACAACUGUUACCUCAGAGAAUGCGACGAGUCCCUCUACAACACCGUCCGCAGCGGGGAAUACCACUGUUCCCUCAGAGAAUGCGACGAGUCCCUCUACAACACCGUCCGCAGCGGGGAAUACCACUGUUACCUCAGAGAAUGCGACGAGUCCCUCUACAACACCGUCCGCAGCGGGGAACACGACUGUUACCUCAGAGAAUGCGACGAGUCCCUCUACAACACCGUCCGCAGCGGGGAAUACCACUGUUCCCUCAGAGAAUGCGACGAGUCCCUUUACAACACCGUCCACAGCGGGGAACACGACUGUUACCUCAGAGAAUGCGACGAGUCCCUUUACAACACCGUCCACAGCGGGGAAUACCACUGUUACCUCAGAGAAUGCGACGAGUCCUUCUACAACACCGUCCGCAGCGGGGAACACGACUGUUACCUCAGAGAAUGCGACGAGUCCCUCUACAACACCGUCCGCAGCGGGGAAUACCACUGUUCCCUCAGAGAAUGCGACGAGUCCCUCUACAACACCGUCCACAGCGGGGAACACGACUGUUACCUCAGAGAAUGCGACGAGUCCCUCUACAACACCGUCCGCAGCGGGGAACACGACUGUUACCUCAGAGAAUGUGACGAGUCCCUCUACAACACCGUCUGCAGCAGAAAACAUGACUGUUACCUCAGAGAAUGUAACGAGUCCCUCUACAACACCGUCUGUGACAGUGAAUGCAACUGUUCCAGCCAGCUCUGGAACCAGUGGAACCUCCUUUACCACCACGGUCAGACCUAGCACAACGUCGCAGUCAGCUAAUACAUCUGGGGCCUCGAGCACGCUGUCCACUCACAGCACUUCUGGGUCUGUCAGUACCUCAGGGUCACACGUUUCUUCCUCUGUUUCGAACGGUACAAUGAUCCCAGGGACUGCCUCAACGGCGAACACCAUGGCUGCCUUAAACGUGUCCACUCAGUCAGCCACUUCGAACGCAGCCACCUCCGGCCCGUCCACGACGAGCAAAUCAGUCACGCACCCCGUGAUGAACAGCACCACUUAUCCUAGCUCAUUGCAGCCCACCUUUAACACCAGCUUUAGCCCAGUGACAAAGGGGUCCACACUUCAGUCUACCAGCAGCACUCUUCCAACCACCAUCACAGCGUCCUCUCUGAAGACCAGCCAGAAUCCUCUCCCUACAGCAGUGGCAGCACCUAACUUCGAUAUCUCCUUCAGAAUUUUGAAUGAGGUAUUUACUGAGAGCCUGAAUGAGCCAAGCUCCAAAGAGUACAAGAUCUUGAGCGAAAGAGUAGUGGGAGCGAUGAGGGAAGUGUAUGGAUGUAACAGUUGCUCACUCCGCGAACAGUACGUGAGCUCACAAGUUUUGAAGUUCUGCCCAGGGUCAGUCAUCACCAAUGUAGGAUCUACCUUCACGAAAAGCAACAACAUAAACGCUGCAUUACUUGAGGACACUUUUAAAAAUGCACUGGUCGAUGGCACCAUCAACUCUUUGCGUAUUGAAAAUAUAAAAGUGUCGGAGAUCAGCCCCGAAGAGGGGUCACCCUUGGUGCCCGGAUGGGGUAUCGCUAUCCUGGUCCUCGUUUGCAUUAUCCUCUUCAUCAUCCUGCUUGUCCUGCUCGUAUUGAUCUUCUGCUUGCGUCGACACAGGAUGCAAAGGCAUUUUGAAUUGUUUGGUUCCAGAGGGACGUACGUCCCAAUGGCGGAUCGAAACGAUUACCCGCAGUACUUGUCGCACAGCCGGUUCACAGCGCCCUCUACUGAUAAGAACAUCUAUGGACAGGUGCACAAGAAUGGUAAGAAAACAUACUCGUACACCAACCAUGCCGUGGAGUCUGACAACUUGUGAGCAAACUGGAUGCAGAAAGCUGCCUCUGGCUCGUUCCCGAAGUGGGCAGCUAUGAAGCUUAAUUUUAUAUCCAUUAUAUUAGCUUUCUAUUAAAAAAAACUUUCAAAAAUGUCUUUGCAAAAGAAUGUUGGAUUUGCUCCACUGCCAAUUGUAAUGUUUGAGAUGCCUAGACCAUGAAUAUUAUGGAUGCUUAAUAGUACACAUUUUUUAAGUGCGAUUUUAGGGGAAGGUUUGGGCUCUGCUGACUGCAAGUGGUGGGCUAGUAAGAUCAGAGAGGAUAUACACUGGGAGGGGAGGGGGGUCAGGAAUAUUCAAAGUCUGAUGCUCCAAUACUAUGUCCAAAAAUACAUGUGCAUCUACCAGUUGGUGGGGUGGGAGAGCAGGGUCUGUAAGGAGACCAGAUGGUCAGAUGGACCAGAUGGUAGUGGUCAACGAUGUAUUUUCAUCACCCAGGUCCACAUGAAUUGCAAUACCCCACAAGAGGGUGAGGCGUUUUGUAUGGGAAUGUUCGGGAGCAUUGCUAAGGACUUGCUGGGUUUCGUGCAGAGCGCAGUCCUAUCUACACGUCUCAGAAAGGGCUUCCAGAAUAACUGUUGGAUUGUGUUUCUCCAGCAGGAGUGUGAGGGCCACAGAUCCCGGACUGAUGCCUCAUCUCUACCUUUCUCUGUUGGGAAUAUGACAGCGUAGCUUUUGUCACUUUGUUGUCAUUUAAGUCAGUUUUGCGACAAGGGGCCACUUGGUGUGUGGAUUCUAAGCAGCAGCAUCAUCCCACCAACUAUCCUGUACCCUUUCAAGCUUUCUGAAGGAGCUGUUGGUGCAACGGUAGUAAGGUUAACAUCCAGUCACUGCUUGAAGAUAUCCAACACCCAGAUGUGUUUUUUUUUGACUUUGAGAAUUAUUCCUGUUCUCCUUUGAGGUUGUGUGCGGAAGCCUUGCAACCAAAUGGGGAAGGGCAAAAAGUAAGUCCGCAAUGUUAUAUUGUGUUUAAUUUUAUCUGUGUAUAGUGAUUCCAUCCACAACAUGCCAAGCCACAUAUGUAAAUAGUUAAACAAAUGUUCUUUGUGUAAAUUACACAUUUGCAUCGAUGUUUGAUUUCUCUAGUACCUCCUUCAGCUUCUUUUUGAAUAAUGUGCCUGUCUCUGUCCUGGCCUCCCUGGAUUCCACUGACAGUAAGUUGGUUUGGACUCUUGCAAACAAUGGAAAAUUGGUUAUCCCUGCCCCUGCCUUUUUUUUUUUAAAAACCAUUUGAAAGGAAUGUUCCCAUUGAAUGGAAGUAUAAGACAAGGUAGCCAUUUUGAAAAAGUUCUCCCAAUUUUGCUAUUUGUAACUGUUCUCGACCAAGGUUGGGAAAAUUGGCCAAGAAAACUGAGCAAAAGGAGGAAGUGUGAAUUAACCCCGUCUCCCCUGUGAGCCCCUGGGAUGCCAGGCGCCAAAUUUUAACCACCUUGCUCAAUUAAAGCUUUUUAUUUGAAGCCUCGAGAUUCGUUGAGCUCUGGACCAACUGGAGUUUCUUCUAUGGACUACAAAACCAGUUGCAUGAAGGAGCUUUUCAAAGGUUGAUAGCUAGUAAUAUCCAAUUUUGUGCACUUGCUUGAGACAUGUCUUUGUUACUUGUUAUUUUUAAACGUACCUGUAUAAUUUUCAUCUCAGCUGUAUAUAUGUAAAGGCUAUGAUUCUAUUAGAAUGCUUUUUUAAAAGUAUGAUUGUGGGAUUGUGUAGGUCUAGGGGUAGUUCAAGCUUUGACUACCCUGUGACCACAGCCCAGUGUCUCUUCUGGGAUUAAACACUGUCAGGCUAUAGUUCUUCAUUGGGAUAGCUUUGUUUUCCAUUGGGGAUUAUCAAUGUCUGAUUAAGAUGGAGAAUAUUUUCUAGGGCAGCUGACAAUGAAGGAACUAUUCUGGAACAAGAAGCUCCCGUGAUGUAAAAAAAAAUUACUUUUCACAUUUUAAUUGGAGUUGCACAGAUUUUCCAAUGCCCACAUUAGGCAUUUUCAGGUGUGCACUCAAUUUUUGAGUUGAAUUUUACUCAAAACUACAGUGGCAGGUACAGCAAUCCAAGAUGGAUUUCUCUGAACCAGUGCAUGAAUGUGCAGGUAAGGCAUAAACCCAAGAUGUUGAGAUUGAAUCUGUGGAGAAGGAAGUAGCAUUAAUUAUUUGAUUUCAGGGCUGGGAUAUAAGCUAUUAUUUUCCUGUUUGAAUUCCUCAUGUUAUUAGUAAUCAUGAAACCAUUGCUGUAAUCAGAAACCUAUUUAUUGCAUUGUCCUUGGUAUCUCAAAUAACGUGAUUCGCUGCUAAUUAUAUUUAUAAACAGGCUGAAUUCAACUCCACUCCUUUUUGAGGACAGCAAAAUAUUUAAAGCAAGUGCAUUGAUUUUUUUUUGGGUGUCAAAAUCCUUUACAUUGCAAUAUUGGUCUUAAACCAUGUGUGUUAUAAAAGAUUUUUUUUUUGAAAAUUGUCAAAUGUAGGAGAUAUUGUGAAAUGUGUUAUUGAUGUAAUCUGUAAUUGAAAAGGAAAUUUAAAAAAAUAAAAUAUUUCGUUUCCUUUGA